AUGAGGAUAAACAAAAAGGACGAAAUCGUGAACGUCUUGUUCACGGUGUUUCUGCUGGCCACGCAACAGAUCUGCCUGCUCUACGCAAUCCUGAGUAGUUCCCAAAGCAACAACAUGUACCUGCUCUUCCUAAUCGUGGAUGUCUUCCUAUGUGUGUACAUUGUGCUGAGCCUUUACGAUGAAAACAACGCGGGGGUCAAAAUAUCCAUCCAGUGGAUGAUGUAUAUGAUUACGUUGAGUGCAAAAAUGGGCAUAUUCUGUUUUCUCAUAAAAAAUGAAAAAAAAAACAGUGACCAAAAGAGCCUUUUUUUCACAUAUCUAUCGAAUGACGUGUUGGUGUACAAUUUGCUCUACUUGACUCCAUUCAUUUAUUUGUUAUUUUCCCUAAGAAGUAGAAAUAUUUUGGAAAAUAUUUUAAACAAUAAAAUAGUAGUAGAGAAUAUCCUGAGCAUUGAUGUAAAUAUAAUAAACCUUUUCGAUCUCAUCGACUUGGUUUUCAUGUUUUCCCAUUUGACCAACCUUUACAAAAUAUUGGACCAUGUGAAGACAACCUACAGUUUUCAAAACGUGCUCAUAAUGCUCGUCAUUGUUCUAGUGGAUAUUUCUCUCUUUGGAUUUUACUUCCCCAUUUAUACUAAUAUAGACAAGUCCUACUCGUAUACGCAACAAUCGGUGGGGGUGCUUAAACGGGACAGACCUGGGGAAGGGGGCAGAUCUAAAAACAACAAACGUACCAAGCGAGAUGGCAAUAAAAUAAUAAAUAGCAAAAUAAUUAAACAGAAGAAGCGUAUUCAUCAGAGUGACUCCUAUGGAAAGUACGAAACGGGGGAGAGGAAAAAGGGUAAUUUGUUCUACCCCACCAAUGGGGGAAGUGGAAGCACCUCAAUAGGAAGAAGUGGCAGCACCGUAAUGAGGAGAAGUGGUAGCACAGCAAAUGGGAAAAGUGUUGGAGGAAGAAGUAGCAUAAGCAGACAGAGUAGUGCAGGUAGCUUGCUCAGCCGAAGCAGCAGUAGACGUGGUCAAAGCGGAAGCCACAGUAGUGUUCGCAGUGGGAGAAGAACUACUGUAAUGAAUGCGAUGAAUGUUCCAAAUGGAGUGAAUGUACCAUACUUGGAUAAGUCCAACGUGAGGCACAUGAAGGAGAAGGCCACUUCUAAACUCUUCUACCAGCAAAAUAAUACAAACAUCGAACUGGUGGGAAAAAGGAACCCCUCCUCUUUUGCUUCAAACAAUUCGAAGGAGUCCACCUACGCUUCGUCCGAUAUUUCUAAGGAGUUACUUUCAAGGGAAUUUUCACCUUCCUCUUUUUCUUCCUCUGAAAAUACGUCCGAUUUAUCAUCGGAUGGUUCUAACUUUGGCUCUUCUCAGUCUGCGUUUUCUGCGUUUUCUGCGUCCUCCGCGUCGUCCUCCUCCUACCUGCCGUCCCUCCUGUCCUUCUCCUCCAGUGAGAACAAAGCCAAGUCGAAUAAAUCCUACCACCAGAAAUAUAAGGACGUCUACACGGACGUGUACAUAACGGCCAAGUUUCACUUCAUCGUGGGGUUCCUCCUCAUCGACGUGCCCUUCUUCAUAUACAGACUGCUCUUCUGCCUGAAGCACAAAAUAAUGCUGACGCUUAUCGUGAAGAACGUGCUGUUCCUGCUGUUCAGAUCGUACAAGCUGAACGAGUACCGCCUGGUCGAGAAGGAGAAAUACAAAAAGAAUAAAAGCAAUCUGGACUUCGACUUUUACAACCUGUUCAGCGUAGAUUCGGGGGAGAGUGCCUACCCAAGGGAGUAUACCACGGGGAAGGCGAAAACGGGAAAACGACAUGCGCAUCGGCAUACGCAACGGCAUACACAACGGGGGAGUUGGAUGAAGGCCCACUCAUUCGAAAGAGGAAGGAACGACCAAAUUGCAGACGAUGUAGCAGAUGCAAAGAACAAGAAGGAACGACGCGUGCGCAAAAUGAAUAAGGGGAACGCCACCAAACGGGGAAGCAAAAAAGAGAGGGAAAAAACGGACAAGUCUAUAAGGAAGAGAAAAAGGAAGAAAAGAAAAAAUACCGUCAUGCAGGUGUUCAAGGAUGAAUAUAGGGAGAACAAAAAGAAGCUCCUCUUGGAGAAGGCCGCCCUGCAGGAGGAAAAGGGGCCAAGUCGAAAUGGCGAAAAGACCAAUCGGGGAAGCAUCACCCUUGGAAAGGUCAUAAACAGUAACGGAGAGGAACACACAGAAAAGCGCAAUGUUGCAGACGCCAAACUAGGGGGGAACACAAAAAAGGGAAAAAAAGUCCGACCAGCCAAGUUCACCUGGAAGGAAAGAAGACAAAUGAGAAGCCAAUUUAGAAAGUUCAAAAGUCUCAUUUAUAAGUUGAAGUACAAAAGGAAGAUACCAAUAUAUCACUUCAAGGUAUGGGAUCAUAUCCGAGCCAUGUGUAGUUUUUUGUUCAAACGAUUUGGCAGUUCUAAUUUUGUUUACUUGGAUGACCAGCUGGUCUUUUCCUACUUCACAAAUCUCAGACUCAUGCUUCUUAUACUACUGAACUAUGUAAUGAAGAUUGGCAUUACCAUCUUUUUCAUCCUCCUCCUGUUAAACAACCAUAAACGAGUGAGUCAGCAGGAUGUGGUAUACAUGCACGAUGUGCCUAUAAAACCAUUUGGAGGAACUCCUGUGGUGGGUAAAGGAAGCAUCCUCAUUUUUCCAGACAGCUUCGACUUAACCAAGUACAAAAACUUGCAACUUCCGAAAGAACCCAUUCCUAUACAUUAUAUGAACAAAGACAUGGAAGACAAUUCGAAGGAGUUGGAAAAUAGGAAGUAUUUUCCAAAAGGGUAUGUCCAACUGGAAAUGCCAGAUAGCUUAUUCAACUCCACAUGGGAGAAUAUGUUUCAGGUGGACAAAAUAUAUUUAUACGGUUGUUUGGGAUUCUUUUUCCUUUAUUUUGUUCUGCUUCUUGGGACUUCUACCUUUUUCGACAUCCUCUUUGGGGCUAUAGUAAACACCCUGAGUCACUUAUCUUUUUACUUUUCCUUGAAGCAGUUUGUUUUAUUCUUUUUUACCUUCCAUGGGAAUGUAUACAAUGGUGAUUAUAUCCUUCAGGGUGGAUACAUUCGGAAGUUGAACUACGAAUUCGAAUACCUGAUGUUGCUUCUGUUUAAUUUGCAGCACUUCGCGUGUUUGUUGAAGCACGCCUCUCUCUUCGUGCGUGUGUUGUUCAACUGCAGGUACGUCUACUACAGGAGGAGUCUCAGUCGAGGCAGACGCAACCAGCUGAGGCACUCCGUGAGCGUGUACCUCCUGUUCCUCCUCUGCAAGUAUGCCCACGCACCGAUCAAUCUGAACACGCUGCUCUUCGGGCAAAAUAUACUGAACAACAUUCUCCUGAUCGACAACAUAAAUAGCUUCACCUGGGUGAAUAUAAUCGUCCUCACUCUUUUCAAAGGGACCCAAAUUCUCAUGACCAAGACUAACUACAUUGUAAUUGGACUUUUCAUUUUACACAUUCUUCUUUACGUCAUUUAUGCUAUCCACGCACAGAUACUCAGGUAUAUAAUUCUUCGCAAAAUGGAAAUUCUUUUUUCCUUUAAAAAUAUACUCAUCUCCAAGUAUGAGGAAGUCCCUCUCGUCCCGGACAAGACCUCCCCCUACGUCACCUGCAGGGAUAUUCUUAAGUACUACUCCGAGGAGGGCUUCUUCUCUUCUGAGGGAAACAUGAUACCCAAUUUUAUAUGACAAACCAGACAACACCUUCGGGCGCAGCGCAAUGAAUUAUGUGCACGCCACUCGCUCACCCCCUAAUGUAGACCACUACACAUUGUCACACACAACUAACUCCCUACCAUGUUUAAACAAAUUAAGUAAAAAAUGGCAAAACGUUGGCAUGGGGGGGGCCUACUAUACCUCCCCCCGAGGAUACACCCUCUGUGCAGCCGCUGCUUAACCCCGUUGGUCCCUUUGGCAAAAGGUUCGCUG